CAAGCAGAGACUAGAGCCCUUUGUAUGUGCGGAGCGGCCAUGGCCGGUAACGGGAGCCUAGUGCCGAGCCUGGAAGAUACGCUCUCCUCCUGCCCCGUGUGCCUGGAAUAUUUCAUAGAUGCCAGCUGCGGGCACAACAUCUGCCCGCGGGCCUGCAACUCAGACCCCCUGGAGGAGCCGGAGUGGAGCCCUUCCUGUCCUAGAUGCCAGAAGCCCGUCCUGCAUGUUUCAUGUGCCACAUACUGGGAUAUGUCACAAGAGCGGCUGGCCUGUCUGAUAAAAGAGAGAGAAGAAAUCAAAGCUGAUGAGGAGAUGCAAAGUGAGAAGCUGCUGAAACAGACGGAAGCCGAGAAACAGAGGAUCCUCUGCGAAUGGAAGGAUCUAUGUGGGUUUCUGGAGAAGCAGGAGCAGCUGCUGCUGUCCCAGCUGGAAAAGCUGGACAGAGCCAUUGUCAAGAGAAGGGACAAGAGCAUCUCUGAGUUGUCCCAGGAGAUUUCUCUGCUCAGUGAACUGUUCAAUCAGAGGGGAGGAGAGAACAGGCAGGAGCCACUGAGCCAAUCUGUACAGGGUGUGGGCAGCUCUGAAAGCAGCAGGGAGGACAGGACGCUGCAGAAGCCAGAGUCUGGGUUUGUGAAGCUGGAGAAGAGACUUGAGGAUUUCUCUCAGAGAAGUGCCAUCCUGCUGGAGCUGCUGCAGGGAUUCAAAGAGACUAUGCGACUGGAGCUGGACAGCGACAUAGGUUUUCUAAUUCCAAAACCUGAUAUGAUUGCCCGGGUGGAAUGGGGCAAAGAACCCUGGGUACCAGAUCUCCAGUGCUCCAAGGAAAGAGAGAUACUGAGAAACAUCUGCACAGGUGAUGGGACGGUGAGUGGGAAUGAUGAGGAGAAUCCACAGCAGGAAGGUCCCAAGCGAGUGGAACCUCAUGGGACGGUAUCAGGAAUAUCCAAAGCGAAUGUUUCCCAGAGUCCUGAUCUGGAAGAAGCCCAUGAGAAUUGGCGCAGGUCAGAAAGGCAGCAGGAAAACUGCCAAGGGAAGAUGCAGGGUAAAUCCACUCCCCGAGGGGAAGGCUCGGAGGAUCUCAAUGAAACAGUGAUCCAGCUGAGAAUCGGCACUAAAAAGAAACAACAUGAAUGUGUUGAGUGCGGGAAAAAGUUCAAUCACAAAUCAAACCUUACUAGACAUCUGAAACUGCACACAGGAGAGAAACCAUUUAUGUGCAGUGACUGUGGGAAAACCUUCACUCGGAGGUCACACCUCAUUUCGCACCAGACAACGCACUCGGGUCAGAAACCUUAUCCCUGCUGUGAGUGUGGGGACAGAUUCACGCGGUGCUCAAACCUUAUUUCACAUCAGAGAAUCCACUUGGGAGAGAGACCCUAUAAAUGCCCCGACUGUGGGAAAAGCUUCAGUUCAAAAUCAAACCGCACUGUUCAUCAGAGAAUCCACACUGGAGUAAAACCUUAUAACUGUGCUGAUUGUGGGAAAAGCUUCUGUAGUAGCUCGUCCCUCCUUAGACACCGGAGAACCCACACAGGAGAGAGACCCUAUAGAUGUCCCGACUGCGGGAAAGGCUUCAUCUCCAACUCAAGCCUCAUUAGCCAUAGGAGAAUGCACACAGGGGAGAGACCCUAUAAAUGCCCUGACUGUGAGAAAGCCUUCAUUGCAAACAAGACCCUCAUUAGACAUCAGAGAAUCCAUACGGGAGAGAAACCUUAUAAAUGCUUUGAGUGUGGGAAGUGCUUCCGGGCCAGCUCAACUCUCACUAUCCAUCAGAGACUCCACACAGGAGAGAAACCUUAUAAAUGCCCCGAGUGUGGGAAAAGCUUCAGAUCAAGCACAGGCCUCACUGAACAUCAGAGAAUCCAUACAGGGGAGAAAACCUCUAUCUGUGCCGACUGCGGGGAGAGCUUCAGUCGUUACUCAAACUUCACAAGACACCGCAGGAUUCAUACCGGAGAGAAACCGUACAGCUGCCCCGACUGUGGGAAAAACUUUGGUCGCACUUCUGACCUCAUUAUACACCAGAGACUGCACACGGGAGAGAGACCCUACAAAUGCCCUCAGUGUGGGAAAAGCUUCAGCCGCAGCUCGUACCUCAUUCCUCACCAGAGGACACACACAGGAGAGAGGCCCUAUAAAUGCCCCGACUGUGGGAAGAGCUUCAACCUGAGCUCAAACCUUAUCAGGCAUCAGAGGAUCCACACGGGAGAAAAACCCUAUAGAUGCCCCGACUGUGGGAAAAGCUUCUAUCUGAGUUUACACCUCAUUAAGCACCAAAGAGUCCAUAUUGAAAGAAAAUCCUAUGACUGCCCCGACUGCGGGAAAAAGUUCAUUCGGAGCUCAGCCCUGAUUAUACACCACAGACUCCACACGGGAGAGAGACCCUAUAAAUGCGCUGACUGUGGGAAAAGCUUUGGCAUGAGCUCAGACCUGAUCAGACACCAGAGAUCCCAUACGGGAGAGAGACCCUACAAAUGUGGUGAAUGUGGGAAAAGCUUCAGCGUGAGCUCCAAGCUCAUCAGACAUCAGGGAACACAUGUGACAGAGAAACCUUUCCAUUGUCCCGAAUGUGGGGAAGGCUUCGCCACCAGCUCCAAACUCGUUAAACAUCAGAAACACCACCUGGAACAGAAACCCUACAAAUGCGGGGACUGCUGGAAAAGCUAUAGCCACAGUUCCGAACUCCUCAGGCAUCAGCGAGCCCACAUGGGAGAGAGACCCUAUAAGUGCUCUGACUGUGGGAAAGGGUUUAGUCGGAGCUCGCAUCUUAUCAGGCAUCAGAAAACCCACAGGAGAUAGGCACGGGUCCUGGUUCUUCCUCUAGGGCUUUUCAAACAAAUUCAGUUACAAAUAAUUGGUGGUGUGGAGAUUCAUGUGUGGGAGAGGCACAGGCAAGGGUGAAGGGGAAAUGCGGAAGAAGAAAAAGAAGUUUGGGGGCUGGUGCGUCAGUUGUUCGGGAUUUGUGGGGAGGGAACUGGGAUUUUAUUUUUUUUUGUCUCAAAAUUUCUUAAAUUUCCCAUGCUCAUUCCACACCCUUUUUCUCUGGCCUGGCAGGAUGUGGGACAGCAGGUGAGAUGGGACUUGAAUUAUAUAAUUCACUAGGGCCAGAGACUAGAUUUUCUUGACUAGGGAAACUGAGGAGUUGCACUGACGCUAUGCCUAAAGGAAAUGCCAGUCUGAUGCUAUAUGGAGAGGAUGUGAGAUGCGACACCAUUCCUACUGUCACCCGUGUUUCCAGCACCAGAGUAUGAGAGACAGCAAAUCUGUAAAUGGAAAGGGGGAAAUACCACAGAUAGAUUUACAUAGAUUGGCAUAUGAUUUACCUGUGGCUCUCACUGCUGCAAGAGCAGACAGGUCUGUAAUGUAUCUUUACAACACCAUAGCACAGGCUGGAAAUCUGCAUUGUAACAUCCAAUGGAGCUGGACAGUUCAUGUCCAGGCUCCGGAUUUAACCUGAUACGUAUAUAAAAAUGUGUACACAUGUAUGUAUAUUAUUUCCCAGGUGAAACCUGCAUCAGUGCAAGUUAAUAGCUUCUCAGUGAGUGGCAUCUGUGUCACACAGAGUACGUUCCUGGUUUAAACAUUAGAGCCCCUUUUGACCCCCAAUUACUUGUCUUGGGGUACCGAGUUUCACCCAAGGUACCUAGAACCCAAUGACAUAGAAUCAGUGAAUGAUGGUGAGAAUGCUGAGACUGGAGAACUCGCUGCAUUAGCUGCACCCAGCUCAUUAUUUCUAUGAGGAAUUGUAGCUGGCAUGCAGGGGAAAAGUUAAGGAAGCACGUAGCAGGCAGGUCACAGAGUUAUAGUCCAAGGGCCAGAUUUCCAUAGGUAUUUAGGCACCUAAAGAAACCUAUGGCAGUUAGGCACCUUACCUGGUUAGGUGCUUUUGAAAAUCCAAGUAGGCACCUAACCUACAUCUUUAGGCAUCUUUGAAAAACUGGCCCCGAGUGAUCUCACAAGCAGUGAAGCUGCCAUCAGCUCAGGGAGAGAGAGAAACAGUUGCUUGACUCAGUGAGGUCAGAUGUAGAGUCUUGAAGAGGUGCUUGUGGUUCCUGAUGUUUGUGUAAAACUACACAGGAGCACAGUGAACUAAAAGGUGAAUUAAUACAUUACCCAUGGUUCUGCCUGGCUGGGUAAUUUAAAAAGUAGUUCGAGAGCAGCUUUAAAACCAUUCCCUUUUUAAAUGUGGGGUUUGCCACAAGUGGUGUUUAGGUGAGUCUAAGCAUGAGAACCGUGACUAUAGGAAAAUAGGGACAUAUGGUGUCUAGGUGAGUCUGUGUGUGUACAAAAAACAUUUCCCUGGGGAAACAAUUUGGAAAGGUAGUUAAUGUACAUAAUCAUUACAGUUCUUUUGCAUCCCUGACUUUAGCAUGAAUGUUGACAUUUUGCUCGGCUAACGCACGAACUCUUUACCUAGUUAGCUCUGUGAACUUCUGCCCUGGAAUAGCAGAGCCAAGCUCCCAUCUGGUCACAGCAGGCUGCUGCUUCAGUGCAAUGGGUGAUACAGCCCAUGAGCUGGCGUGUGGUUGGUUCCUUGCGGGGCUGUGGAUGGAGAUGGCAUUUAUACCGGGCCGUGUGGGUGCUUUACUCUCCUGAGUUUGUGCUGUCUGCUGGACAGUAAUAAAAAGCUGAUCCUAAAUGUCUAUUUGACCAGCAUAACUACAUUGGUCAAGAGUGUGUUUUUUCUCACACCCCUGACCCACUAUAGCUAUGCCGACGUAACUUUUAAAUGCAGGCCAAGACUCAGUCCGUGCUUCACUGAGGAGGAGAGGGGACUGGGGCUUCUCAUCGGACUCUCGUGUGUUUAUUACCACGUUGUCGAACUUGCAUUUUCAGGGCCUUCUUCCCUACAGGGGGAUUCCAGAAAACGUUGCCGUCUUUCCUCUUCAUAUAAGCGGCUGAUCGUGGAAAGAGGAGACCAAGGGAGGUGGGGGAAGGGCACGUUAUAAGGAUACCCAGGACGGAUGGAAAGUGCCCCCAUAUUGAAAGCAUCUGCUGGUGCUGAGCUGCAGGGCUCUCCUUUAUUUGUGGCACUGUCAUGCUAGUUUUGCUCUAGCUUGGGAGAAGGCAAGAUCCUUCCUCUGCCAUGUGGGGAGCGUAGGGAAGGGGUUUCAUUAGCUG